AUGUCAAAAUUUAAUCCUUUAUGUACGAUUGUUGUCACAAUUAUAGAAGGGCGCUAUUUUCCUCAGAAUCCAAAUAGAAAACUUUAUGUAGAAUGUAGAUUUACGGACGAAAUACUUUCAACAAUAAGUCCAGAUUCUAAUUCAAUAUUAUCAACAGACAAUGUAGAACAAGUAUCAUUUCCAAUAUGGGAUACAGAAUUAGCAUGGGAAGUAGAUCAAAAAACUUUACAUAUAUUAAGAUCACAAUGGGCACAUUUAAAAUUACAAUGUUUUUCAAUAGAUAGUACAAAAGGUAAUGGUAAUAAUAAUAGAGGGGAACUGAUAGGAUAUUCGAUGUUAGAUUUAAGAAUAGCAACUGAUAAAAGCGGCAAAGAAAGAUGGUUAUCGCUUAUUAAUAAGAAAGAAAAAGGAGGCCUUUUACCCGAAGUUAAAAUAUCAUUCUGUAUUUUACCAAAUUUAUCUCCACCUACAACACCAUCUGUUAAUAAUAGUAUUGGUAGUUAUAUACCAAGUCCGUUAGGAAAAUCACCAUUAACAUCAUCAUCGGAAGUAAUUAAAUUUUAUAAAAUUGGAGAUAAUGAAACUGAAAUGUUUCUCUUUUCUAUUACAAUUAAUUUUGGAGCUAAUUUACAAUUAUUGUUACAAGAUACGAUAUCAUUUCUUACACAACAACAAUUUCCUGAAUUAGAUUUAUCAACUCUGAAUCAUGGAUUCUAUUUUCAAUUUACCGUAUUCGAAAGUGUUAUAACUUCAAACAAAUUUUAUGAUCUUUCACAUCCAAAUAUUAAUCCUGAAACUUUUACAUUUAGGAUACAAUCUUCACUAGAAGAAUUAAAAUCUUUUUUAAUUAAAGAAUCAAAAGUUGUAAUUAAUUUAUAUCAUGAUAAUCAAAUUAUUGGAUUUGCUGAAAUUCCUUUAACAGGAUUAUUCGAUAGUAAAACUGGGGAACCACGUUCUCUUGAUAGAGUAUGCCCAAUGUAUAAUUCGAAAAGAGAAUUACCUGUAUCAGCUGAUGUACAAACUGCUAGAAUUGGUAUUUAUCUUACCGUAAUGAGAGAGAACUCUGAUGAUAAUUCUGUAACAGAAACUUCAUUUGACGUUAUGGAAAGAGCAAAGUCUUUUCUUAUUGAAAAUGUUCAAGAAAAUGGUCAUCAACAACAACAAAUUAGAGAACAAAUUAGUGAACAUAAGUAUCGAGUAUUAAUCGAUUUAGAGUCAAUUCAGUUGAAAAAGAAUAUUAAAAAUAUUUAUGUCAGAUACAGUUAUCCUGCAUUAGGUAUUACGCACAAUAAAUCAACUCAAGUACUUUCAAAUGUUGAAGAAUGUAAAGACAUUUUGUUAGUAAAUGGUACAAAUACGAUUGAUGUUAUAAUGACUCCACAAAGGCUUAAUAGAUAUUUUGAAGCUGUACCAUUACUUAUGGAAAUAUGGCAAACUAUAGAUCAAAAACAAUCUCAAAUUGGAGUUGCUACUUUACGUUUGGAAGAAAUAUUCUUGUCUCAACCUGUAAUAGAUGAUGAAACUAAUACUGAAAUUAAAACUUUUACUACCUUAGCACCUAUUAAAGCCAUUGGAGUAUCUACAAAUUCUCGUGAAAUGGGUCAUAUAAAUGUUUUAAUAAGACUUGAUGAUUAUGGUGAAAAUAAUUCAAUUCAAGUACAACAACAAAGAGGAUUAACAAAAUCACAGAGUGUUACCGAAUUGUCAGAACUAUUUAAAGAACGUCAACCUAUUAAGGAUGAAAUUGAGAAAGAAAAUGAUGAUGGUACUGCGAAAUCGCCGAUAGAAGAGAAUGAAAAUGGAAAUUCUACCGUAAAUAAUUAUGAUGAACACAUUUCAACAUUUCGUUCAGAUCUAUUUAAAAAAGCGGCAGAAAAUAUGAAAUUUACUCAAGAAACACUUGCCGUAAAGAAGAAAAAUGUUACUCGUCAAAGUUUUGGUAAAUUUAAAGUGCAACAAUUAAAGUCAAUAGAUCGUCAAUUGCAACAAUACAUUCUUUAUUUUAAAACAAGAGAUGAAAGUUUAUUAAGGGCUGAAAAAGAUUUUGAAAGACAUUGGUUAGAAUUAGAUAGGCAAUUUGAUCAAAAAUCGAAAGAAUUAGAAAAUCGAAAUUCUUCUCCUUUAGUUAAGGAUUUACAUGAAGAGAUAAAUAGUCUUAAAAUUCAAUUAAAUACGACAAAACGCGAAAAAGAUCAUUAUAGAUCUCAAUGGUUAAGAUCUUUACAGGUUUUAGCUGGAAUGCAUGAAAGUGAAAGUGAAGAAACUUUAUUUUGGAAAGGUUUUAGAGAAAUGGAUAAGUGUUGGUGGCAAGUUAAAAGAAUGGCUGAAGAAGAAAUGGAAUUAAUUGAUUAUGAAAAAUUUACUUUGGAUAUUCUUAAAGGUGAAAUUGAAAGAUUAAGAUCGCUCUCUCAAUCUUGUUAA